AUGCUACGCUGGUUACGUUUGAGUAAGACCAAAGUGUUUUACUUUUUUGUAGCCUACAUUGCCUACUUGUUACUGUUUGGAUGCAGGCAGGACUAUUCUGGCUCGUGUGCUCCAACUCGUUACACUUGUGACGCCGCCAACUUGUUUGUCUACCCAGCAUGGAACCACUACUUUCAACCCCACCUUGAAUGGAUCGACCAGCAAACAGGAGCUGUCGACAAAUUGACCCCUGCUUGGCAGAAAACUCACGCGACUUGGGCCCAAUUCGACGAAAACUACGCUGUAUCGUAUACUUUGGAUAAGUAUAGAGUCAAGCUGCAAGACUGGGCCGAUAUCUACGUUGGCCCAGCUUACACAUUUGUGGCAACAAAGUUCGAUUAUGUAUGGGCUAGGGCUUUGCUGUACUACAAGGGCAGUGCUGGUCCUAUCUUGGAACAUUAUUUCAACACUUACAACCAUCAUUUGGUCGACUCUGUUGAUAAUACCGUCAAUUACGUCAAAAGACACACUGGAGUUAUUCUUGGUCAUGCAAGUAGACACUCCAGCCGUUUCCUUGAAUUGCAAGUCUUCCCAGCCUUGUCUGCUGCUUGGACUGCGGUCUCCACCAAUGGUGUGGUGUUAAAAAUUGCUGACGCCACUAAAGUUCUGUGGGUUGGAACGCAAUUCAACCGUUUGUUGGAUGCUCUUGUGGAAGAGAGCUCAAAGCUUAAUGCGUCUUUCAGAAGCAAGUCUGAGUUCAUCAAAGGCGAGUUUAAGAGCUUCACAGAGUCUGGCAUUGGUAAGCAGAGAAGAAGCGACCACGCUACUAGCGAGGAUGUUUUGGACGUAGUCAAGACAAUUUUGGAAGAUGUAACUUCUGUUGUGCCUAUCCCUGAAAGUACCGAUGUGGCAGUUGAAGAAACUGCCGGUCAGGAAGAGGAAACAGCACUCGAGAAGACCGAUGACUAUGGCGUGGCCUCCACAGUGGAUUCGAUUCUUAGUGAGGUAAUCUCUGAGGUCGAGGGUGAGGUCGAGGGUGAGGAAGAAGAGGUGGAGGAAACUUCCACGGAGACUGAAUCCACCUUAGUACCAACUGAAUCUGAGAAUGUUGACGAGUCCGAAGAAGAGACCGACUUUCAAACUGAGACAAUUUGGUUGACUGCAACUGUCUACGAAGGCGAUGCUUCAGAUGCUCCUGAAAAGGACGAAGAGGUGGCCACAGUUGACCAUGAGGACGUGCUGAAGUACGAGUACUCUCCACAAGCCGUGCUUGAGCAGGAGAUUAUUUAUUGGAGGUCUAAGGUAGACCAGAUGUUGAAGAUGGCAUACGGUAGUCUUGAGGACGAUAUGAUUCCUGUUUUGAAUGCUACACUUGAUCCAUUGAGGGAUGAGAUUUCCGCCAACUUCACCAAAUUGCAACAGAGCAACUACGACAGAUACAAGAGGAUGAACAUUCUUAUUUCCAAGAUCAACAAGGAUUUUGAACACAUGAAGGAGACAAACGAGCUCAUUGAGAACCCAGUUGUGGACAGGCAGAAAAUGAGAGAUGAAAUCAGCGAAUGCAAGGAAGCAGUUGAGCAAACGAUGAAGGAUGCUGAAGAUUCCCUUAAUGCCGUGCAUGCAGAGAUUGUCACUCUGUACUUUGCAAUCACUCAGGAAACUGUCGAUGUCAUCGAGUCCUAUGCUGAAACCUUGUUAACCGGCUUCACUAAUUCCCUUUCCGACAUGAUCGGCAUGCUUGAGUCUGACCCAACAUACGAGGACAAAGCGAAAGCCAACGUGGCCUACCAGAUGAGAGAAGGAAUUACUCGUCAGCUCGAGGACGCCAAGAAGGAGAAGGCAGAGGCAGCCAAAAAGGCCAAAAAGGCCGCUGAAGAAGCCCGUAAGGCCUCUGCAGAAGCAGCCAAUGGUGAAGCGUCAUUUGCUGCUGAUGCUAAUUCAGAAGCUCUUAACGAAGCCGUUGGAGAAGACGCCCCUCAGUCUGCACAUGCCAAGGAGGGUGCAAAUGCGAGAGAGGAUAUUGAAUCUCGCGUUCCUGGAAGCAGCGAAGACGCCCAACAAGCGCCUGAGGCUAAAAGCGAGGAAUUCGAAGCUGCUUUUAUUGACGAAUCGCCCGAGCAGAUCGAAAGUGACGAAUCUAUCGAGGCAGAAGAAGAUGCCCCUGAGCAAUUGGAGGCAGACUUGAGCUCGUAG